GAGGGGAUGACCGCCGGGUUUUGCUUUGGCAGAUGGAACAAGCCAUCCACUCCAGAGUCAAACCAGUGCAGCUGAAAGGGGAGCAUCAUUCUAACAUCUUUUGCUUGGCUUUCAACAGUGGUAACACAAAAGUGUUCUCUGGAGGCAAUGAUGAGCAAGUUAUACUCCAUGAUGUUGAAAGCACUGAGACCUUGGAUGUGUUUGCACAUGAAGAUGCAGUAUAUGGCCUUUCAGUGAGUCCAGUGAAUGAUAACGUUUUUGCCAGUUCAUCUGAUGAUGGCCGGGUUCUCAUUUGGGAUAUCAGAGAGUCUCCUCAUGGAGAGCCCUUCUGCUUGGCAAACUAUCCAUCAGCCUUUCAUAGUGUGAUGUUUAAUCCAGUAGAACCCAGAUUACUGGCUACUGCCAACUCUAAAGAGGGUGUGGGACUUUGGGACAUUCGCAAACCACAGAGUUCACUGCUUCGUUAUGGUGGAAAUCUCUCCCUUCAAAGUGCCAUGAGUGUCCGAUUCAACAGCAACGGCACCCAGCUGCUGGCAUUGCGUCGGCGCCUUCCACCGGUGCUUUAUGAUAUCCAUUCCCGACUGCCAGUCUUCCAGUUUGAUAACCAAGGUUACUUCAACUCCUGUACCAUGAAGAGCUGCUGUUUUGCAGGCGACCGUGACCAGUACAUCCUCUCUGGCUCUGAUGACUUCAACUUAUACAUGUGGAGAAUUCCUCCAGAUCCAGAAGCAGGUGGAAUUGGCAGGGUUGUCAAUGGUGCCUUUAUGGUGUUAAAAGGUCAUCGGUCAAUUGUAAACCAGGUCCGAUUUAAUCCCCAUACCUACAUGAUUUGCUCCUCUGGUGUUGAAAAGAUUAUAAAGAUCUGGAGUCCUUAUAAGCAGCCUGACUGCACAGGAGAUCUGGAUGGUAGAAUUGAGGAUGAUUCACGUUGCCUCUACACUCAUGAAGAGUACAUUAGUCUUGUGCUGAACAGUGGCAGUGGCCUGUCCCACGAUUAUGCCAACCAAUCUGUCCAAGAAGAUCCACGAAUGAUGGCAUUUUUUGACUCUCUUGUGCGCCGGGAGAUUGAAGGCUGGAGUUCUGACUCGGACAGUGACCUUAGUGAAAGCACCAUCCUACAGCUCCAUGCUGGAGUAAGUGAACGCUCGGGUUAUAGUGAAUCAGAAUCCUCUGCCUCUCUGCAUCACUCCCCACCACAAAUGGCAGAAGAAUCAGAUGAAACGGCCUAUAACUUGGGCACCUUAAGAUCAACAGAAUCUCCACCAGUGAGAGAAGAUGUGGCUUCUCGUCAACAGAGGUUAUCUGCCCUUAGAAGAUAUCAGGAUAAACGUCUCCUGGCUCUUUCCAAUGAGUCUGAUUCUGAUGAAAAUACCUGUGAGGCAGAACUGGACACAGACCUUUUCCCACGGCCACGGUCCCCAAGUCCUGAAGAGAACGAAUCUAGCAGUUCCAGCAGUAGUAGCAGCACAGACGAUGAAGAGGAAUUGAAUGAACGGCGUGCAUCGACACGUCAACGCAAUGCAUUGAGACGACGACAGAAAAUGCAAAGGGAAGAGAGGACUAGUACAAAUCCAGAAAAUGUGAGCACCUACAUAGGUGAGGAUAUCUAUGAUUACCCACAGAUCAAAGUAGAUGAUCUUUCUUCUUCUCCAGCUUCUUCACCUGGAAGAAGUUCCACUAACAUGGAGGUCCUCAAAGAAAGGGCUUAUCCUUGCUCAGAUAGUGAAUCAGUAGAGAGGAAGAUUUACAAGGCUUACAAAUGGCUUCAGUAUUCUUAUAUAUCCUAUUCAACUGGUAAAGAUGGUGAAUCCUCCCAUGAAGAGGGGGAAAAUGAUGAGGGGAGACCAGGAACUAGUGGAAGACACAGUACAGCACUCUCUUUAAAUAAGGAAGAUGCUAGUAACUUGAGUUUAUUAGUUCCUCAUGGUGUCCAAGAUAUUUUUACUGAAAGCCACAGCAAAGAAACUUUAAAAGAAUAUUGUAUGGUAGAAAACUCUAGUAAUGGUCAGGAUCAUGAAUGCGACAAUCAGCAAUGGACGGAGGAUCAAGGAAGCACAUCCCAAGAUGUCAGCGGUGGGUCUGUGGAACAUUCUUUUGAGACUAAAAAGCUCAAUGGAAAAGCCAUCUGCAAAGAACUAAAUAGUCGCACUGAAGAGCCAUGCACUCAAACUUCAGGACUUCUAGAACAGAAGAGCACCCAGAACUGUCAACCAGCAUCAAGCCACCACUCAUUGGCUAUUUCCAAGGAUUCACUGUCUGCUGCUGGCAUCUGUAGUGGAUCUGGUAAUUACUCCAGAAACCAGACUGAUGACAGUGAAGCCAGGAAUGUUGAGAUGUCCUGUGUAAAUCACAAUAAUGGCCACUUUCAUCCUUGCCCUUCAUACUUCAACAAUGGACAGAGAGUUGGAGAGCAGGAGACUGUGACCCAAGGACUACAACCAUAUGUAAAUGCUGAUAAUGGCAACCUUGUACAGACAGGUGUGACCUUGCACAAAGACUGUUGUCUGUCUGAAACGGACUCCAGCAGUUACAGUGUGGUCAUGAAAGAGGAUAUCAGCAACUUGCAUCUGACAGACACUGAGAGUUCUCAAACUCUUGGAGGACUGAAAAGGCACAGAGCAGAGUUUGAAGACACAGAUUCAGAGAAUUCUUCAUCAGAAAAGAAGUUAAAAACAUGAUAAAUGAAAACACCUGUUGAGCACACUCCCUUGUGUGCGUGCUUGCUCUCUUGUUAAAAAACAAACAAACACAGGAAGUAUUAAAGGCACCUUGAGCCUGGGUCUAAAAUCUUGCAUUUCUGACUCUCCAUUCCAUUCUUCAGUGGGUCUGUUUUAGAUUGCCUAUGGCUCGUGCUCUAUAAAUAUUCAAUCAACUCGCUGAUAAUGAGACUGAGUAUAGUGUACCCAUUCAAGGUUCUGUUUAAAGUAAAUCCUUAUUACGACGGUUGACUUAUUCUUGUGUGAACGUGUGUUUGUUUAGCCAGCCACCUAAUGUGACUGGUGUAAAUGUAAUUAUUCUGCUGAAAAGGAGUUUUUGCAUAUUGAUAGCUGUUAUUCAUUACAGGCUUUACAGUCUCAUGAAGAAGACUGUUGAAUUGGACCAUGAAUCUGUGUGGUGUGUAUUUCAAAGAAAAUGGGAGCAAAUGGUAUAAAGCCCUGUGGCCCUGUUUUCUGCUUCAGAAAGUAAAGAAGUGUCAGAUAUGUUUUGAAAAUAUUCUCCCUGUUUAUGUAUGUGGAGAUAUUUCAUAAAGCACUUACAUUGAU